AUGUUCCUCACCACCAUUACCCUCCUCGCCCUCCUCCUGUUGGCAACCACCACCAUCUCCGCCCUUCCUCAAUACCCCAGCACCGGACCCAUCCUCCCCUACCCAACCAACACCACCAUAACCUUCUACCAAGGCCUCUCCCUCGGACCGACCUACAUCCACACCAACAACCUCAUCAAUCCCGGCGGGUCGGCGGUCCUCCCUCGAACAAUCGGCGACUGCGGAAUGGAAGUCUCCCGCGACAUCAUCCAAGGAGGAGUCUGUCGACGCUUGCGGACGGCAGGAGUGGGAGUCAGACAGCAGGAAAGGGGAACCUGUGUUUUUGCGAUUUGGAGGGGGAGUGCGGUUUGUGAUGAGGGGUGGGAUGGGUUGUUGGCUGAGAAGACGACGGUUGUGAUUCCGAGGGGGAAUGGGACGAUUUGUGUUGUCACGGGGGUGCUGGAUGGGGGGAGAGAUGUGGAGGCUAGUGGGUUGUGGCCGUCUCUCGCCGCCAUUCUUAUCAUGUCGUGGAUGCACGACCGUCUCAACAAUGGCAAUCUCGUGGCCAUUGUCCGCGAAGUAUCUCCGUACGAUCCUGACGAAAGAGUCCCCGCCGCGGUGAAAGUGGAGUUUGAGGGAAAAGGACCGAAAAGCGACAGAUGA